AUGGCUCCAGCAACACAAUUCGAAGUCGCGCAACCACCCGACGACGCCGUGUCGCGCGUCGUCUUUGCACCAGAUUCGUCGACAAGACUUCUCGUGUCCUCUUGGGACAAGCACAUCUACCUGUACGAGAUUGAGGAUGGCGACUCACCAUCAGCGGCGCUGGUGCGGCGGUUCGAGCACCGCGCGCCGGUGAUGGACGUCUGUUUCGGUAGUAGCGACAGCGAGGCCUUCACAGCCGGCCUGGAUCACAGGGUAGCAAGGAUCGAUCUCGAGACGGGCGAGCAGACCAUAGUGAGCGAACACACCAAGCCCGUCCGGUGCGUCGUCUACGACCCAGAACACCAGAUCCUGGUCUCCGCCUCUUGGGACGGCACCCUCCACUUCCACAACCUUGCCGCCCCAGGCAGCCCGCCCGCGGUCGUCUCCUUGCCGGGCAAGCCGCACGCGAUGGCCGCUUCUCCGACAAAGCUCGUUGUGGCCAUGACGGCGCGGCUGGUGCACAUCUUCGACCUCCCCACCGUCGCGAGGCAGCUCCUCUCUGGCGGCGGCGACAUCCAGCCCUGGCAGCACCGCGAAUCCUCGCUCAAGUUCCUGACUCGUGCUGUGGCGUGCAUGCCAAACGAUGCCGGGUACGCCACGUCCAGCAUCGAGGGUCGCGUGGCCGUGGAGUGGUUCGAGGACAGCACCGAGUCGCAGGCGCGCAAGUACGCAUUCAAGUGCCACCGGCAGGCAGCGCCCGAGGAGGAGGGCGGCGGCGAUGUCGUGUUCCCUGUCAACGCGCUGGCUUUUCAUCCCGUGUACGGCCAGACCUUUGCGAGCGGCGGUGGUGACGGGACCGUGGCCCUGUGGGAUGCAGAGGCCAAGAGGCGGAUGAAACAGUACCAGAACUUUGGCAACAGUGUGGCGAGCCUGUCAUUCUCCAAAAGCGGAAAGUAUGUUGCGGCAGGCGUAUGCCCUGGUUUCGAGACGGGCCAAGAGGACUAUAGCGGUGCUGGGCAGACCAAGGUGGUGAUCAGGGAGUUGAGCGAGACAGAGGCCAAGGGCAAGGGAGCAAAGUGAGGGGGGGAAAAGAAAAGAAAAGAAAAGAUACCCUUUCUAGGUGCGAUCACCGGAAUAGAGAUGGCGGUUCCGCAUGGCAACCUGCAAGCUCUGCGAAACAGCAUGUGAGGUGAGGACUCCGCGUCUCUUCGUAUGCUCCUUUAACUUGAGUUCCAGAGAAGGGCGCAUCGCCAAUGGCUAUAGAUGGGAGAUGGCUGAUCUGUAUCUGAAGUAGGCUAGCUAUCGAGUGAGAUGCUGACCGACAAGACAUACUCUCUGCUUGAAGAAACGGCGGCACCGUCCAAAAAUGAAGUUCAUGUCAUCUUAUCUCCUUUAUUCUCGUUCCCCAACCUGAUUCUCGCUCCGUUCCUGGCCUGUCCAGUGCUGUCUAUUUCCCAUCAUAGGACUUAUUAGAGCCAUGAUCUAUCGAGGCUGCUAUUCUUCAUCAACAUUUCGUGAGGAUGUCUCUGGCGUGCGAGCGGACGCUCGCAGCCACUCUUGAGGAUCCGGACGAAGAGCGAGAGUCGAUCCACCACAGUCUGACACGGGCAGCAUCCGCUUUGGAGGAAACCCACCACCCAGCGUGUCGUUCUGCUAGAAGUCGUCCUGCUGCUUGGAUGAUGCAACCCCAUUUCUAGACGCCGACGCAAGUGUGAGCGGAAAGCUGACGAGGUCGAUUUCCUCAUCAACAUCAGCAUCAUCACGAUUGUUAUCCUGACAGACUAGAAGAACGACCUCAUCAUCGCGAAAUGGGCCUGUUCCAUCAUCUUUCUCCUCCUC